AUGAAUCAACUACAGCAACAACAAUUAUCACAACAUUUAGAUCAAUUUAUACUCUGUCUAUUAUUAAAAGAAUGUGUAAUAGAUAAUAAUAUAGUUAGACAUGCAAAAGAAAUAGUAUUAUUGUCAAGUGUUUGCAAGAGAUGGUUAAACACGAUCAAGAUUGAUUUGAGUAGAUUAGACUCCAAAUCCGAUUUUCUGGAAUUUAUUCGAUUAAAUAAUCGUUCAAAAGUCAUUCAAGAGUAUAGGAGGAUGAUUGAACACCCACAGAGUCUAUGUGGUCAACCAACCGAUUUUGUAUGUCGUCUUUUACCAACACUCGUCAAAACGGUCGAUUAUCUCGAAAGAGAUAGAUCAUUUGCUACAUUAUUUACGUCAUCGAUACGGUCAUUGACCAUUCUCAACUGUGAAGAAUACCAUAAUGUCAACAAAAGAUUAUUGUCUUUGCCAAUGCCAUCGUUGGAGUGUUUGGUCGUCCAAGAAAGUCGUAAAAAGAAUCCAACCAAAUACUGUUGUUUUCAAUCAUUAUUUGGAACCGAUCUAAUAUUGAAUUCACCAAUACUGGAAAAUGUAAAGAAACUUGUACUUUUUUGGUUUGUUUCAAACAAGGAAGAAGAAGAAGGAGUGUGGUUAAAAGUAUUUAAGAGAAUGACAUCACUUGAAUCAUUACACAUUUUUGGAAGUUCCUCCAAUUCUGUUCAAAAUGUUACACCUAGAUGUAUAGUAACAACUAUUCUAUCGGGAUUGGUAUUCCUACCUAAUUUGAUUCAUUUGGAUAUUAGACAAUUACCAAAGGAAAUCAAUUUUGAUCAAUUAGGAAUUGAUUCUACGUUUAAACUUCCAAAAAGUCUAACAAACAUAAAGAUAGAUACUAAAAUUGGUAAAACAGAUUCAUUUAAAUCAUUGGUUCAACAAUAUUCAAAACAACUUAAACAACUACAUGAUUUUCACCUCGACCAAGAUUGGAUCAAGAUAUUUCCACUCACAACAUUGACUAGCUUAACAUUUGCAAUUCAAAGUGUACCUAAUAGAACACCAAUAUUUCCACCAACUAUAGAAUAUCUAAAUAUUGUAGAAGAUACAGAUGGAAUACCUAAUGUUAUAGAUUUUAAUGAAUGGAAAUUAGAUCAAUUACCAAGAUUAGAAAAGUUGGUUUUUAAACCAUGUUCUGAACAAUCUGUAAAAGAAUGGAUUCAUUUCUUUGUCAAGUUAAUCCAAGGUUCAUCAAGUCUUAGGAUAUUAAACGGAGAGUUGAGCAACAAAGAAUAUAUAGAAAGUGAUUUCUUUAUUCUUUUUAAUUGCAUUUCUAAAAGUCCAACAUUCAAACAAUACACUCAAAGAAUGGCUCCUUGGGAUAGAAAUUAUGAAAUAGAAUCCAUAUUUAAAUAG